GCGGCCAUUUUUAAAUUUAGCGUUUGUUUCUUUACAGGAGCGACACAUAACGUUGCUAAAAAGGAAGAAUGUUAUAUAAAUAGACCUUGUGUUUUGAUGGAAAUCCGAAGAAAUGCUUUCUCCGCUUGAAUUAAGAGAACCCUCUUUAUUUGUGGUGGCCUGAGACACGAUAACAUUCAACAUGGGAAAGGAACAAAAAUGCAUUCUUUGUGAAACUGUGUACAGCUCCAAACAGGAGAUGGAAGAGCACAUGAGAAGUAUGUUGCACCACCGGGAGCUUGAGAAUCUGAAAGGCCGGGAUUGCGGACAUGAGUGCCGGGUCUGCGCCGUAACGGUUGUGAGCCUGACCGACUAUGCUAGUCACAUCUCCAGCCCCAUACAUAAACAGCGCAUUGAAGAUCAGAAGCACCAGCCCUUAAAUGAAGAUAAAGAUGAAGAAUACUUUGACAAGGAGUUUGUGCAACUCAUUGAGAAACGCAAGGAAAUUAUCAGAAAAGAGGAGGCUGCUACAAAGGCGGCUAAAGAGGAACAGGACAACCGGAGGAGGUGGCAUGAGCUUCAGUCUCAGUGGCAAGCACCAAUGCCUUUAAUGCAGCAGUAUGGCAAUUGGGAGCGACCCUACCCUAACUUUCCUCAGUUCUCCAAAAGGGGUAGAGCCUCAAAUUGGCAGAAUACAAGAUUUCCAUCGCCUAACCACAGCAGGUGGCCUAACCCCAACCGACAGAUUAGAUGUGCCACAUGGCAUGCUGAAGGGCCUCCUGACUUUCAGAGAUGGGGUUCCAUGGAGCGACAGGGAGGAAGUUUGCAUAACCAAGGAAACUUUUGGGGUGGAAGACAAGGUGGCUAUGGGGUCGUCCCUCCACAGUUGAGAAAUAAGUCUCACUGGAACAACAGUCAGUUUAAUUUCCCAGGCCAGGGACAAUAUAUGUCACAGCCUAGGCUCAUUAAAUCUCCUUCAGGAGAGCAGCAGAGUUCAUCCAAAAUCUCAGAGGGUCAGAUAAAGAGCCCGCAAAGUCUGGAGGAAUCUGGUGGAGAGCAUGAUCUCAGCAAAGCUAAGGGUCAGAAGUCAGAAAAGUUUCACCGAUGGGCACCAUACCCACCUGCUAAACUUGGGGAUCCUUCAUCUCAACCUAACCCUCCAACAGGCUCAGAAAAGUCAGAUGUGGAAAACUGUAAGGCACAAAGUUUUAACGAAGAUAGCCAGGGCUUGGUGUCCAACACAGAUUGGUGGCAUAAAUCCAUAGAACCUUACCAGGAUAAGAGUGAAAGCAGUCCGAACCAAAAAGGUUCUUUGAAGAACAGUAGCAGUACUAGCUUGGAUAGUUUCACCAACUUGUCCACUUCCACUAGACAAACAGAGAAGUCCUCUGAGCAUGCUAAAACUGGGGCUUCUUCCACCCCUAUUUUAAAGACUAAACUUACACAAGAUGAAAGUAAAGACUCAGUCAAGGUCAGUUCUAAAAAUUCUAAGCAUUCCUAUUCCAGUUCAGAGUUGUCACAACAUGCUACUUCUAAUGCAGAGAAAGAGCAAUUCCUGUCAGAGAUGCUGCGAAAAGCCAAAAAAAACUUGCUGAAUAGAAAGAGCUCUAUUGACACAUCUGCCUCCGAGAACUGUCUUAAAGAAACAGAGGCUGUGCCUUACAAUGAAGAACCUCAGCAAGUUGGGAAUUUAGAUCAGAAUAAGAAUAAGAAAGCACGUGAAAGUAAGAAGAAACUAAACAAGCAGAGGACACAAGAUAGGAAGGCUUUUGUCGAGAAUAUCAGCAAUAACAGAGAACAGUUCCCCACUUCUACUGAGACCUCAGCAGAAAAUGUGUGCAAUGAUAUUAGGCCAUCUCUCCAGUCUUUGCAAGUAAGUACCUCCACAAUGGACCAGGAAGAUGAGGAACAGUGUGGUAAAAGGGAGGUCAACCUUGACUUGCCAGUCGAAGAUCAAGUCAUGGACACUUUUGAUGAAGGUUUGGGGUCAUUUGGUGAGGGGGUUUCCAGCAACCCAUCCCAACCAACAGCAAGUAAUUCUGUACCCCCUUUAAGUAAGCUUGCCUUGCCUGCAUGUCUCAAACGGGAUAUAAACCGCCAUAUGGGCACCAAGGGCAAAGCACCAGCUCGUGAACCUAACUUGAAUAUUGCCAGACGGAUUAGAAAUUUGAGUGGCACGCGGAAGAGCGAGACAGAGAAGGACUCUGGACUCAAGCCCACCUUGCGGCAGCUCAUUAGUUCCUCUUGCUCCAGACGAAAUGUCAACUGGGACCAGGUUUACCAGGAAGUCAGUCGUAAGAAGCAAGAGCAGGGCAAGGGCCUACCAAGAUUCGGUAUAGAAAUGGUGCCCUGUGAACCUGAAGGUCCAAACCCAAUGGAAGAAAAUGAUGUUCCUCUUUGUGAGGGCUUUCAGUGGGACUCUGUGUUUGAUAUCAACCAAGUGUCUCUGCCUUCCCGCAAACGUAGCCUGUCUGAAAGCAGUGUGGUUAAGAAUGGAUCUUCUGGAACCAGCUCCCUCCUCAAAGCUGUGGACACACUAAGAGACUCUUCCAUUAGUGGCCCUUUAUUGCAAACUGAAAGAGAAGAGAUACAAACAAAAGAUCAUCUGACAAAUCAGUAUUUGAAAGGGCACCCUCAGGGUCCUGAGGAUGUUGAAGGAGACAGUGGUUGUACCUCGGAGACUGAGCUAAAUGACACACAGGGAGUUGGCAAGAAACGCAGAGCACCUGGGGAUGUUUUGUCUCCUGAGAUUCCUUAUGAAGAUAGGAAAAGUAAAAGACAAAAAAUCAAGGGUAAGAAAGAGCGCUCUCAAGUGGAUCAAUUACUGGCUGUAUCUCUGCGUGAGGAAGAGCUCAAUAGCUCUCUACAGGCAGUGGAUAACAGUCUUAUUCAGGCACGUGCUGCCCUUCAAGCUGCCUAUUUGGAGGUGCAGCGCCUGCUUAUGGUGAAACAACAAGUAACGACUGAGAUGAACUCUUUGAGAUCCAAGCGAAUUGAAAUUCUACAAGGAAUGCAAGGGGAAUUUGAUUCGCAAGAGCAACUGAAUGAGACCUUGACCCCUUCAUCAGUCCAGAUUUCACAUAUCAACCCCCAUUCCCUAACUUCAGCUGCCCACGCAGUCUCUCCCUCCACUCCAACUUCCCUGCCGCCUGCUACCAUCAAACAGGAGCCCACCUCGCCCUCUAAAUGCACCACAGAGAGCAAUCUUGUCAAGAGCCCACCCCCAGGACCCCAUAGUACCACACCUGUCCAAACGGUGUUUGCAACUUGUCAGACAGAUACUAACUUCAAGUACAGCCGCAUGGACUCCUCCCAAGACAGCACAAGCAUAUCUCCUACUACAGCUCCCUCUGCAGAUCACAGACUGUCGCCGUCUCUAAACACAGAAAAUCAUCAAAGCGCUCAAGAGGAGUUAGCCAACCCUGCUUCCGCACCCAUGUCUGAAAUACCCAAGCCGCAGUCUCCCGUCAUUCAAGCAGAGACUGGUCCUGUUAAGCGUGUUCGGAAGCUGAAGAAGAGAAAAUGUCUUAGGAAGGCAAAGCGAGAUGAGCAGGCUCCAAUCAGUGAUUCUGAGCUCGAUGCAGAGCAGCCCAUCCAACGACCUGUUCGAAAACACCGACCCCAACGGAGAUCCAACGGCACCAAUACCUCACAGUGCACAUUGCAAGAGAAAGGGGAAAAUGUACAAGUGUUGGCCACCGAAGCUUCAAAAGGAGACUCUGAGGAAACUGAGUUAGCGUCACAGCCAAUGAAUGACGCUCACGACUCUUCUUCUGAACUAGAGAUGGUAGAGCUUCCUCCUCCGGCACCCAUCGAUUUUGUCGAUCUGGAUACGUCAGAUGCAGAUGACAUGCCUGAAAAGAAAGCCAAGGAGUCGGGCACAGCUGACAACGCAACCACAGACCCUCAAAAUCUUGCCUGUAAUGAGGUCACAUCCACCAGUGAAAUAGGCAGUAGCAGUAACAUCAAGGCUUGUGAAAGUGAAAUUAAAUCAUCCUCCACAGUGAUGGAGUCCAAGGUGCCCUCAGAUUUAUCAGACCCAGGGGAGGAGGAGGGGCCUACAGAAGGUCAAUUUGAAGGCCACCAGGAGGCAGUGAAUGGCAUGCAUAUCCAUAAUGGACUGCUGUAUACAUGCUCAGGGGACCGCACCAUACGCGCCUUCAACCUAAUAAGCCGUAAGUGUGUCGCUGUAUUCGAGGGUCACACCAGUAAAGUGAACUGCCUGUUGGUAUCAUGUGGAGGUGGCUUGCAGCAGCGCCUGUACUCAGGAUCGAGUGAUCAGACAAUCCGCUGUUACAACCUCAAGACUACUGAGUGUGUGGAGCAGCUGUCUCUUCCACAUCGAGUACUUUGUCUUCAUAACCGAUGGAAAAUCCUUUAUGCUGGUCUGGCCAAUGGCGCAGUCGUUUCCUUUAGUCUCAGGAACAAUAAGCAGUUGGACGUGUUUGAGUGCCAUGGCCCACGGGCUGUGAGUUGCCUGGCAACAGCUCAAGAGGGGGCUCGACGUGUGCUCCUAGUGGGCUCCUACGACACCACGAUCAGUGUCCGAGAUGCUAAAAAUGGCCUGCUGCUGCGUACUCUAGAGGGCCACACCAAAACCGUGCUUUGCAUGAAGGUAGUCAAUGAUUUGGUGUUCAGUGGCUCAAGUGACCAGUCUGUACAUGCACAUAAUAUACAUACUGGGGAACUGGUGAGGAUCUAUAAGGGUCAUAGUCAUGCAGUGACUGUGGUGGCCAUAUUGGGGAAAGUGAUGAUUACAGCGUGCCUGGACAAGCUGGUCCGUGUGUACGAGCUCCAGUCUCAUGACAGACUUCAGGUUUAUGGUGGGCAUUCAGACAUGGUGAUGUGUAUGGUCAUCCACAAGAGCAUGAUCUACACAGGUUGCUACGACGGGAGUGUGCGAGCUGUCAGGUUAAACCUGAUUCAAAACUACCGCUGCUGGUGGCACGGCUGUACUCUGAUUUUUGGCGUGAUGGAGCACCUGCAUCAACACUUGCUGAAUGACCACACCAACCCAGCGCAGCAGACGUUCAAAUGCCGCUGGAGAAACUGCGACUCCUUCUUCACCACCCGCAAUGGCUCCAAACAGGCUGUGCAUACUCACAUGCAGAAACAUGCAGAAGAGGACAGUAAAAUGGAGUCAUGAGGGGCCAAGGGAGUUUGCAUCGCAUCCGUAAAUCUCCUCUUUUCCCAUAUUGGGAAUAUCUCAUUCAACCCUCACCAGAGGAGCCCUCUUCAUGGGCAUCUUUUCAUAUGAGCCAUCAGAUACCAACAACUUCCACUUAGACGAAAGACAUUAAGACAAGUAAUAAACCAUCACCUGAAGAAUUUUAAUUUAGAACAAUUACUGCCUAAGUGUAUUUGUUGGUAUUCUGAUGGGAGGAAAUCUUUUACCUUUGUAUCCACUCUGUUAAAAGCGCAGAGUAUGUUUAAAUCUUUUAUACCGACGUGGCAUUGCUCUGAUACUCUCCUUCACGGGAUUGAUUUCUGCAGUAUCAGACAGAAGUUCUUCUCGUCUCUCAUCUGAUCAUACGUCGUAUUGUCAGCUCUGAGAUUUACUGACCAAAUAAAGACAAUAAAUCAAACUGUGAGAAACAUUUGGGUACCAGGCAGCACAGCAGAAGAGUCACUGCAGAUCCCUCAGCAGAACACAUGUAGCUCCCGAACUAUUGUGAGUCUGUGUUGUAUAAGGUUGGACUGAGUUAAGAAAUUAGAAAACUAACAGAUUUUAGUAAUGUAACAUCAGGCUUUACGAUGGACACCUAUUUUUCACAUUGCAUCGUCCAGAGAUUUCUUUCUCCAGUUUCAUGGGAUUAUACGACUGUGAAUAAAUCAUGUUUUUACAUUUCAAUUGGGUUGCCAGAUAGAAAAGCCGUUUUAGAUAAGGACAUGUCUGGUUGUUUUCUUUUUAUUUUAUGUUCAUUUAAAUGCCGUUGAGUGACUAUUUGGGAUUUUUUUUUUGAAGGUAAAUUCUUUUUGUUUUCUUUUUUUGAUUUCUUUUUAGUCGCUCACUAAAGGUGAAGCGAAGUUAGAGGAUCCAGGCGUGCAGUGAUAAUAAGAAUGCAACUGAAAUGGGAUUGCUGUGCUGUUGAGGGACUGAAAUGUUACAGUUGGUGUGUAAGCCUUAAAGAACAUAGAUGAAUGUGUUUUAAUGGUCUGUGUCAAGACUUUUUUCUUUUUUUUUGUAAGGAGUGGGUUUGUUCGUAACUUUUACUUUACAGUUGAGAGUAUUUGUCUGGAUGUUUUUUGAGUUUUAAGAAAGACAGAGGAAAGGACUCGGUAGGAAAGGACUUUUAUUUUGCUGUGUAUGAAAGUUGCAGGGGAGAUAAACAUGGGAGGUGUUUUAUGUAUGAGUGUUUUACCUACCAUGCCUUAAUUCUUAGCCCCUAUUACCAGCACUCACAUUCAAAAACAGGCCUAACAUAUCAAAUUAACUGCAAGAUCAUAAUCUCAUAACAAUACAGCAAUUUACAGCAACAUCUGUUAUUAAGGAAAAACAGUUAAGCUCUUUUCUGUACUUCUGAAGUGUUGUUUUUUGAGUGUUUUUUAUUAUUUUCUUUUGUCAUGUCAAAUGAUAAUUUUUUCUUCCCAUUAUAACCUUUGAUUAUGCAACACGGCUCUUUGCUAUUACUGUGUUGCUGAGAAGAGAAUGCAGCCUUCUAACCUGGUAUUCCCAAGUUUCUCACAUUCGUUCAUUUCAAAUUGUUUUACUGCUAUAGACGUUUUGUACACAGAAAAAAACAAUAAAAAGAGACUUUGCCGACUUGUCAA